AUGCACGCCUCCAGCCUUCUCACCCUCCUCACAACCCUCCCCGCCGCAAUGGCCUGCCUCGGCUACACAGGUGGCGUCCCCAAAGCCACAGGCACCAAGUCCCUCAGCGCCCCCCAAUACCUCAAGAAGGGCCAAGUCUUCGACGCUAAGUGGGUUCGUUACGACCGCGGCGUCAAGUGCUCCGGCCAAAGCGAAGGCGGCGAGAAGGACGCUGUGUUUGUUCUCGAGGACGGUGCUACUCUUCGUAAUGUUGUCAUUGGUGCGAACCAGAAGGAGGGUGUGCACUGUCUUGGUGCUUGUAACCUUGAGUUUGUCUGGUUUGAGGAUGUUUGCGAGGAUGCUAUCUCUAUCAAGGGUAGUGGAACUGCCAACAUUAUUGGUGGCGGUGCUUAUAAGGCUGCUGAUAAGAUCAUCCAGCACAAUGGAUGCGGCCAUGUUAACAUUGUCAACUUCUAUGCCAACGACUACGGCAAAGUCUACCGCUCUUGCGGUAACUGCAAGGGUAACUCCAAGUGCAAGCGAUCCGUCCACAUGGAGGGCGUCACUGCUGUCAACGGCGGUGAGCUCAUCGGCAUCAACACCAACCUCGGCGACAAGGCCACCUACUCCAACAACUGCUACCCCAAGACCCAGUGCCAGGGCUACAACGGUUGCGACAAGUCCAACGGCGAGUGUGAGCCUACCAAGGCUGGCAAGUGCUAG